AUGGCGGACCCCGUAAAAAACAUCAUCAUUAAGCUUGGAAGCAAGGUACACCCUCCGGCGGCAGCCCUCAAACACAUUCAGACACUUCUACAGUUGGCUAUGAAGAAGAAGCUCAAGCUUGAUCCUCUGCUUCGCGACGAGAUUCUGGUGACUGUUAUGACCAACUAUCCGGAGUUUUAUGCUGAAUGGUCGGCAGAUGAUGUAACUGAACUUCUUGUGUUGGUCGCCGAAGCCAGUGAUGACGUAUCUCCAGUGUUUAUUCCAAAACCCUUCGAUGGAAAUCGGGCCGGGGCAUUCCUUCAAUUUUUUGCUCAACGUGCCCUACAAUCUGUUGAAGAAGCUCGACGACGAGAGGAGUCCCAAGCUCUGUAUCUUGAAGCUACUCAGAGAGAAGCAACACACAGACAGGAGAUUCUUCGACAACGGGUAAAUGAUUCUGAAACCCCUAUUGAAAUUUCUCCUGAUAGACCUGUUGAUUCUUCUAUUCCAUCGUCUGUGUCUAAAACAAAGUCCUCUGAUGAGCCAAAUCCACUGAGUCUGGUUGUUUAUGCUUCUGAGAACAUUGCUCUGCCUCCGUCUGAAACUGUUUAUGUCUCUAAAGAAUCUUGUUCUGCUGUUGAUCCUCCUGCCUUACCUGCAACUGUUAAAACUGUUGAUUUAUCAAGUCCCCACAAGUCUGAGAAAACAGGUGGAGUUCCUGUUUACACUGCAACAUCUUUGGGAGAAAGCCUGGAACAUGUGCGACAUUUUGCUGGGUUACCAUCUGCUUCGAUCCCUCAACCUUAUCGAGUGAUACACCCUUCAGAAUCCUCCAGUGAAGAUGAUAAGAUUCUGGCUGAGGUGUAUAGAUCCCAAGCACCUUCUUCUGCUGCCCCUACUGUUGAGGGAACUGCUCAUCCCGAUUCCACGAAUUUCAGAAUUCGAGAGAUAUCAAAUAUUGUUGGGAGCUCAUCUUCAAAUGUUUCUGAUUCUAGCCACUCGCCUGUGAAGAAGAGAAAGUCGAGUGACACUGCUAAGCCUGAAGGAGACCCACCUAUCCACCAAGUUUUCAAGACUCUACGUUCCUCUGUUAAGCAACAAGGCACUACUGCUGCUCAAGCUUCUUCUGCACCAGCCCCCACUGUCAGAAAAGGGAAACCUACCACAAGGUCAAGAGGUCGAAGUGUAACUCCGGAGGUUCCACCUAUUGAAGGAAUUGAUACUACUGUUUACAAACCUCAGUUUGUAUCUCCUGCUGCACAAACAAAAUGGGCCACUAUGGUCAGAAGAGAGCUAAUUGUUCAAAGAACUGUGGAUAAGAAUCAACUGAACUCCGUUUGCGACAUCCUACCCUUGCUGAAUGAAGUUGGUCUUUUGAAAACUGUUACAGAUGUUUGCCCUUACUCCAAGCUGCUCACAUAUGAGUUCUAUUGCAAUCUCAGUGAUGAGAUUGACAGUCUCACAGGGCCACGACCGAUGCAAAUCUUCAUCAGAGGGAAGUGGUAUGAUUUUGGGCCAAAUGUGAUAAAUAAAUACUAUGGCUUGCCUACAGUGCAAGAAGAAGCUGUUACUGAAUGGGAUGUGGUGGCCAAAACUCUUACUGCUGGACAUACUACAUCUUGGCCUACAGGAGAUAAGGACUAUUUGCUGAGCUCGCAUCUCACGUCUAGAUAUGUCAUCCUACAUCGCCUGGCUCUGCACAACUGGCUUCCAUCAGCGCAUUUCAACACGGUUGGCAAGCUUCUGGCAGGGUUCUUAUUUAGAAUUGGAACUAAGAUGCAGUGUGAUAUGGGCAAAUGGAUAUUUUAUCAUGUUCUAACUCUGGUUCAUCCCCGGGAACAGAAGGUAAGACUACCGUUUCCAAAUCUGAUUUAUGGCAUCCUUACCUCUCAGGGUUUUAAGCCUAUGCCCAGCGAAGUGAUCAGUCCGACGCUGCUUUACACUGUUGAUAGACGUCAUCUUUCUGGAGAUCAUAUUAAUGAUGUCGUUCCUGUGACUGCCCCAUCCAAUUCGGAACCUGAUGCUGUGAAUGAUGCGUCUCCACAUGCUAAAGAUGAGAGUCUUUCUGAACAAUUGAAGGCGCGAGUUGCUGAUCUUGAGACGGUGCACGGUAUCAUUACCAAACAACUGACUAGUGCGCGCACUGAGCUAGCUACUGUUCUUCUCCGCAUGAGCCUGCCUGCUACUGCUGCUGCUGCUGAGGAUCCCGUGAAGUCUGACUGUGACUCUCCCUCAAAUGUUUAA